AUGCCGACGCGCGCGACGACGCCGACGCGCGCGACGACGCCGACGCGCGCGACGCGACGCGAUGCGUCCGCGCGCGCGUGCGACCCGCGCUCGAGGGCGAAUCUCGUGCGCGUGACGCCGUGCGUCGGGGAAAUCUUCCGCUGCGAGGCGCUCGGGCUGGUGCGCGGCGACGACGCGACGUCGACGACGGCGCGCGACGACGACGGCGCGGGCGGCGCGGACGCGCGCGACGUGCGACGUCGAACGUUCUUCGCGACGAACGCGAUCGCGCUCGCGGCGGGGGCGUGCUCGACGGCGACGGACGCGGCGAACGCGCUGGAGGACGUCCCGAGGGACUACGCGAGAGUCGCGCGCGAGCUCGUCGACGCGCUGUCGACGUCGCUCGAGCACGAGGCGCGAAACGCGAAUAAAUCCCCGGGAGAGCGGUAUAAAUUCGCGAAACCGGCCAAGGAGGCGGUGAAGGCGUACAUAUCGUACGAUGGCGGCGGAGGGAGCGCGUCGGCGUCCUCGAGCGCGUCGUACGCCGACAUCGCCGAGGCGCUGCGCGAGUUGAGCGCGUUUUACAAGAAGAACGGCGCCACGGCGGAGAUGAGCGCGGAGGUGCGCGACAGGAUUUUAUCGCGUCUGUACGAGGCGCGCGAUUUAUUACCCGCGCCCGAGCCGACCAUCAUGGAUAAAUUACGCGCGUUGUGA